GGUUAAAGAAAGAAAGAAGGUGUGUGGCGUCAGGUAGAGAUAAUGAGAUUAGGUGUGAGUGUGAGUGUGAGUGUGCGGUGCUCAAUCGGCACCGCUUCAGGCAACACCCAAACCGAUUAUCCCGCCAAAUUCCAACGGUCAUCUUUCUCAACUGCCAACUUCCUCCCCGACAACGCUUCUUCAGAUUUAGCAGUUUCAAUUUCGAGUAGUAGCAGCAGGAGAGGGCUAAUACGCAUAGCCACGUUGCCAUGUCUUCUUCCCCUCAUAGGUUGCCUCCCAGCCAACGCCAUGCAGCCAGGUUCAAAGGAAUAUCUUCUCAUUAAAGAAGAGGUGAGGAAGGUCUUGUCCAAGGGAAAGGCUGCUGGCGUGCUUCGAUUGGUAUUCCAUGAUGCCGGAACCUUUGACAUCGAUGACAGUACAGGUGGUAUGAAUGGUUCUAUAGUCUAUGAACUUGAAAGACCUGAAAAUGCUGGCCUGAAAAAAUCAGUAAAGGCAUGCUCUGUCUCACUUUUUUCUCAUUCCCCUUCUAUCACUUCUAUUUCUAUUACUAUUUGGAGAAUUCCACAUGAUAGUGAGGUUCUGCAAAAAGCAAAGACUCAGAUAGAUGCUAUCCAACCAGUAUCUUGGGCGGACAUGAUUGCUGUGGCUGGAGCUGAAGCAGUUGAAGUAUGUGGAGGUCCACCUAUUCAAGUUUCACUGGGCAGAUUAGAUACACUGGUGCCUGAUCCAGAAGGGAGACUUCCUGAGGAAUCUCUCAAUGCUUCUGGUUUGAAGAAAUGUUUCCAGAGCAAAGGCUUUUCAACACAAGAACUUGUGGCUUUGUCUGGAGCCCACACUAUUGGAAGUAAAGGUUUUGGAAGCCCAAUUUCUUUUGACAAUUCAUAUUAUAAGGUUCUUUUGGAGAAGCCGUGGACGUCUUCAGGUGGUAUGCCGAGUAUGAUUGGACUUCCUUCAGAUCACGCUCUUGUUGAGGAUGAUGAAUGCUUAAGAUGGAUUAAAAAAUACGCAGACAGUGAGAAUCUAUUCUUUGAAGAUUUCAAAAAUGCGUAUGUCAAGCUGGUGAAUUCUGGUGUGAGGCGGAAUAGCUUAUAAAUUCAGGAGUUGAAUGUUCCAACUUCCACUGAAGGGGCAACUUGCAUUUUUAUUGACUUUCUAACAGUGUUUAUGCACAGUUGCCAUGAAGUUUUGGGUGCUUUAUUAUUGAUUUGAACAUCAAGAUCUACUACCCCCUAAAAAUCAACCAACGAAGUAUGUGCAUGCAGGGCCAAUAAAUUUCAUGGAAAAGUCGUUUAAGGGGUGUAUUGGAUUAAGAUUUUAAAAGACUAUUUUAGCAUAAUUUUUUUUUUGAAUUUUAAAGAUUAUGUAAAAUUAUUAUGAUUUAUUAUAUUUCUUUACAAGA